GCCCCAGGGAAGGAAGGAAGGAAGGAAGGAAGGAGGGCGAGCGGCAAGACAGAGAGAGCGGAGGGAGGAAAGAAGAGUCCCUGGAGCUGAUGCAUUUGAUGAGUCCUCAAGGCCAGUGAGAUAUUUGCCAAACAACACAUCAAGACGGUGUGUAGUGGCAGCUUUGCCUUCAAAGACUUACCUGAACAGCUUUGAUGCCUAAUGAGUCUCCCAGACAGAAGAAAUGACUUAACCUCAGCUACUUUGCUCUUCCAGUUUGGACAUGCAGCCUCUGUUGCAGAAAUGAAAACUUAUGACAAAUGGAAACUUGUACCUGAAAGGAACCACCUAAAAUAAGAAAGUGUACUUGGGGGUUGCAGAAUGGGAGUGCUUUGUUCCGUUAUCAGGUUUGAAAAUCUCCACGAACUGAGAAGACUGUGUCACUGGGGACCCAUCAUAGCCCUCAGUGUAAUAGCAAUAUGUUCUGCCAUGGCUAUGAUCGAUGCUGUUCUCUGGUAUUGGCCUUUGGACACAACAGGAGGGAGUAUCAAUUUCAUCAUGCUCAUCAAUUGGACUGUUAUGAUUCUUUACAAUUACUUCAAUGCCAUGUUUGUGGGCCCUGGUUAUGUUCCCAUUGGAUGGAAACCAUUUAUCCCAAAGGUGCUACAAGAUCCCUUUGCGUCGUCAUCAUCAUCGUCCUUAUUAUUAUCUGCCUUCUCUUUAUUUUUUGAGGAAAACUCUCAGGACUGCAUGUAUCUUCAAUACUGUAAAAUAUGCCAGUCUUACAAGGCUCCACGGUCACACCACUGCCGAAAAUGUAACAGGUGUGUGAUGAAGAUGGACCAUCACUGUCCUUGGAUCAAUAACUGCUGUGGGUUUCAGAACCAUGCCUCCUUCACUCUCUUUCUUCUGCUAGCUCCACUUGGAUGUAUCCAUGCUGCUUUCAUUUUUGUCAUGACCAUGUACACUCAGCUUUACAACAGGGUAUCGUUUGGCUGGAGUUCUGUCAAGAUUGACAUGAGUGCAGCCAGAAGAGACCCUCAUCCAAUAAUUCCUUUUGGAUUGUCGGCAUUUGCUGCGUCUUUAUUUGCCUUGGGAUUGGCACUGGGAACAACUAUAGCAGUAGGCAUGUUGUUCAUUAUCCAAAUGAAAGUCAUUUUAAGGAAUAAAACUUCAAUAGAAUCAUGGAUUGAAGAAAAGGCCAAAGAUCGCAUCAACUAUUACAAAACAAAAGAAACCUUUAUUUUUCCUUAUGACCUGGGAAGCAAAUGGAAUAAUUUCAAGCAAGUAUUCACAUGGUCUGGAAUUCCAGAAGGAGAUGGCUUAGAGUGGCCUGUGAAGGAAGGUUGCCAUCAAUAUAGUUUGACGAUAGAGCAACUGAAACAAAAAGCUGAUAAGCGAGUAAGAAGUGUGAAAUACCAAGCAAUAGAAGAUUACAGUGGUGCCUGUUGCCCUCUUACAAAAGGCUUGAGGACCUUCUUCACAACUCCAUGCACUGAAGAACCUAGAAUUACACUUAGCAAAGGAGAUCAGAUUUUAGCUACCAGAGGACUGAAACACUGGAUGUAUGGAGAUAAAAUAACUGAUUUGACAACUGAUGAUGCGAACAGAAUCAGAGGAUGGUUUCCAAGGAGGUGUGUAGAGAAAUGCCUGUAUGAUUCUGAAACUGAUCAACCUCUGGAUGGAGAAAAGAAAACAAGAUAGGCCUCCCACCCACCCUUUUUUAUAUAUAGUUAAUAGGAAAGUUUCUUUCUGACCACUGUCUUCUUACUUGAAAUGUUCUGUAUAUUACUAUAGACCUGCUUAUUGAUCAAAGGCUGUGUUGCGGUAUGUUCACAGGAAUGGGUGUCCCAGUGCCAUAACCUUAAAUACCUUUUGCCAUUUUUUGUAAUGGAGGAAGCCAUUCCAUGGAUGCCUUUUUAUAUUAAAGCUUUCACUGGUCCAGAUCACAUUUGAUCCAUUUUCCUUUUUUUAAAAAAGAUAAAAUCAUUUUUGUUGUUUAUUUUCCACAAUGUUCAUUUAAAGAUACUGGUUUGUAUGUGUAGUCUGCUUUUCUUAUCUGUUACUGCUGUAUUGCCAGUUGGUCCUUUUAUUUCCCACCCUGGAAAAUGUAUGAGAGAAAUGAAUGAAUGAAGAUGUAAGUAGAAGAUUUGAUACCUGGAAUUCUUUUGCAAUCAUGUGGCAACUUUUUUUGUGAAUCAGAAAUAAAAUACCAAGAUGUAUUAUG